CUUGUCUCUUUAUUUAGUCUUUCCUGUUUUGUGGCCAGUUAGGCAGAUUGCAGCGGUCAGAGGAGGACAGAGGGAGGGUUGAAGGGUGAGCUGUCAGAGGGACUCGUGGACAGGUCUGUCCAUUUUCACCCCCCCGACCGCUUGUCUUCCUGAGCAGAGCCGUCUAUCCAUCACUCUGACAGAGCUGCCUGCGUCUUGUGGAUAUAACUGCACGACAGUGACACCUGGGAAGGCGAGGGAAACCUGAGUAGAGAGAGGCAGGACUCUGCCCCCCCUUCUCCAACCUCCCCCUUGUCUCCCCCCCACUGUAUGUGGAUGACCUCUGCUGUUCUACUCUGCUCCUCAGCACCAUGAACAAGAUGAAGAACUUUAAGAGGCGUUUCUCUCUUUCUGUUCCUCGCACCGAAACCAUUGAGGAGAACGAGUUUACCGAGCAGAUCAACCAGCUCAACAUUCAGCACAUUCAGGACCUGACUCCAGACAGACUGGGUCCUGGAUCUCAUGAUGUCAGUCCAGUGAGCCCUGAACCAACCACACCGGGAGCUCAAUCCCCGUCCCACCUCCACUACCACAGCAAGGCCCAACAUAGACGUUUCUCCAUGGAGGAUGUCAGUAAGCGCAUGUCCCUGCCCAUGGACAUCCGCCUGCCUCCAGAGUUUCUCAAGAAACUGCAGCUGGAGAGUGAAAAUUCACCACUCUGCAAACCUCUCAGUCGCAUGUCUCGACGUGCUUCAUUGUCUGACAUAGGCUUUGGGAAACUGGAGACAUAUGUGAAGCUCGGCAAACUGGGUGAGGGGACGUAUGCCACAGUGUUCAAAGGGCGAAGCAAACUCACAGAGAACCUGGUGGCGUUAAAGGAGAUUCGGCUGGAGCACGAGGAGGGAGCACCUUGCACUGCUAUCAGAGAGGUGUCUCUACUGAAGAACCUGAAACACGCAAACAUCGUCACGCUGCACGACAUCAUCCACACGGACCGCUGCCUCACGCUGGUGUUUGAGUAUCUCGAUAGCGACCUGAAACAGUACUUGGACAACUGUGGGAAUCUCAUGAGCAUGCAUAAUGUCAAGAUCUUCAUGUUCCAGCUCCUGCGUGGUCUCUCCUACUGUCACAAGAGAAAAAUCCUUCACAGAGACCUUAAGCCGCAGAACCUGCUCAUCAACGACAAGGGCGAGCUCAAACUGGCCGACUUCGGUCUGGCGAGGGCGAAGUCGGUCCCUACUAAGACCUACUCGAAUGAGGUGGUAACUCUAUGGUAUCGUCCCCCUGAUGUGCUACUGGGCUCUACAGAAUACUCCACACCCAUAGACAUGUGGGGUGUGGGCUGUAUCCUUUAUGAGAUGGCAACAGGCCGUCCCAUGUUUCCCGGUGCCACAGUGAAGGAGGAGCUACAUCUCAUUUUUAGGCUUAUUGGGACUCCAACAGAAGAGACUUGGCCAGGUAUCAGCAGUAAUGAGGAAUUUAGGUCUUACCUCUUUCCUCAAUACAGACCUCAAGCACUCAUCAACCAUGUGCCCAGGUUGGACACAGAGGGGAUUGACCUGCUGUCUGCUCUACUGCUGUACGACACCAGGAGCAGAAUGUCCUCUGAAGACUCUCUACGACACUCCUACUUCCUGAGUCUGGGAAACAACAUACACAAUUUGGCAGAUACUGCCUCAGUGUUUUCCCUCAAAGAGUUGCAGCUCCAGAAGGACCCAGGCCACCGCAGCUCAGUGUUUCAACCUCUAGGUCGAGGAAAGAACCGCAGGCAAAGCAUCUUCUAGAGGUCGUGGAGAAGGAACUGAGAUACACAGAGCAGAGCACCUGACUUUUCAGAGCACAGCAUAAAGGCAAACAGAGCUCAGCACAUUCACAAGCAUGCACACACACACACACACACACACACACAGACACACACAAACAUACACUUGCAUGAAAACAUAAGCUCAUGUGCCCCACUCAUUUCCAUCGCAGCUGACCGUGGAGAUACACAGGGUUCCUCUAAAUAAACUUGCACAGCACAUGAAAUGACUGAGCUGAGAUAUACUCCCCUUCCUACACACACACAUACACAUUUGUUUGCUCUCAUUUGCACAAUCAGUGACACUGAACAUGCUGCCGUGACUUAGUUGCACACAUAAGAGAUUUAUAUAUAUCCUGCCGACACACACAUACAUGUCAGCCCUGGAAAUAAAAUGCUCUGUUCUGUUAUACUGUACACAUAUACACACACUUGCCUGAUGUCGUAUUACCACAUACAAUUUCCAACCAGAGCAAACCCAGGACUCUGGCCAUCUAUGGUAGCUACAACAUCUGGAAUCAUCACAGAGUUGCAGGUGUUCAGAAGUAUUGCCUGAACAAUACUGGGACAAACAGAAAUGGGGAAUGGCGCAGUGUGAGUGAAGGUGCAGUUUGAGGUCAGUUUGUUUCCAAAAUUUGCUAACUGUUGUGUCUUACUAAAGUUUAGGUUUGUUUUUCACCAAAACACAAAGAUAUAGCUUAAAGAUACACUCUUUGAAUUUGUUACAGGGCCCAGUGAUCCCUCUGAAUCCUAAAAUUCUGGGAUUUGUGGGUGCUUUCAGGGCCAGAGUCAGGAUUUAACAAAUACUGAGGUCAUGAGGUCCUCUAACACUCUUUCCACUGCCUUCAGAAAAUUUUGACCAGAAGCCAAAGAAAAGCUCUCAGUUUAUUUAUUAAUAUUUCAUUGAUUCUGGCAUUAAGGUUUAAAUGCCCUUUACAUAGUGCCAAAAUUCUGGUGGAGAAAUGCUGAAAAUUUGAUUUAGUUUUAAAUUUUGUUGGCUUACAAGUAGUAGAUUCCAUACAUAUUUCCCCAGGUUUCUUUAAAAAAAACCUGAAAAAAAAAAGAAAAUGGUAAUGGUAGCUUGAGCCCUGAAUGCUAUUAGGCACUUGCUAAAUAACAAACCCAGUGAGUGUAUCUUUACAAUUGGCACAAUUAAAACAAUUAUGUUUUUCUGUGUUAGCUAUAACUGAGCUAACAGGCUAAUUAAGCAGAUAAACUUAACAAUGCCUUCAAAACUAAAAGCUCAAACCUUGUACUGUAUGCUAGUUAAAGCAUAAUCUAAAGAGUUAAUGCAUUAGCAAAUGAUUGUUAGCUACCUGGAUAUGUUGAAUGAUUAGUUCACAGUCAAUAGAUAUGGCAGCUAGAUGUGUGUAUGUCACAUGGCAGUCCUGAAGUUGGACAGUUGGAUAUAAAAGCAGUCCAUUAAAAUGGUAGCAACACGCUGUUCAUUUACAGUACCUCUACUCAUAUGUAACAAACAUAUAGAACCAACAUAAAAUCUGACUCAUCGUGAAUAUAAAUGGAUUCGUGUCAACAAACUUGCCUUGCUACAGCGUCCCUGUGUUUCUACUCAGUGUGGGCUUUUGUUCCAUACAUACGGUGUUAACCGCUGACUUUCACUCCAGUUUUUGAAGUUGCCUUAGUAAACUGUGCAUGAUAUUUUGGUUUGUGAAGAAUCUAUAUUUGAUCUUGUGUAGCCAGUGUGUUAGGAGGCAUUUGCUUUGUGUCUGUAAAUAACUCACUAUGAGUGUAUGUAUUUCUUAUAGUUUCCUAUUUGCACAAACCAGAAGUGUCCUCUGAAGCCUGCUCCCUUCCCUUUGUGUCUUACCUUAGAUGAUACAACAUAUGACCAAAAAACCCUUAACCCUAGACCAGUAAACUGAGAAAGUAUGUCUAACAAGUACUUUCUAGUAGCAAGUUAUUCUCGGUACUACACCAUUACCACUACCCCUUAUGAUUUGUAUGGCUAUGGCAUAUUGCUAUAUUAUAGCUCGGUGAAAGGCCACAAAAGUCACUGUAUAAAACUACAUACAGUAUAACUUUAGACAGUACACUCAGCAGAUGCAGAAGUGAAAUGUUCAAAUCUUCCUUAUCUGGUGUUCUUAUAAGUUCCCUAAUGGCUGUUGGAAUGGAACUCAGAGUUUAAGUUUAUGCCCUUGAAGACGAAAUGAUCUGCAGACACAAACAUGAUGGGGGCUUAUGGCUAAACUACACUACACCUACACUCUCCUCUCUCCUUAUCUGCCCUGACUCCCUCUCCCUCCCUGUCCCUCCUAUGUCCAGUGCUAUUCAGAUGCAGCGGGGGGGAAAAAUACUUAGGUGUAAGCCAUCUACAAUGGGGUUUGGGCCACAUUAAUUAAUUUUGAUGAGGUAUGCACCUUAAACAUUAGGCCACCGGGUUGCCCUAUAGGGUCAGUUUUGGACGAGAAGUCCAUGUAGCCUUUAAAGUUAAAGAAGUGCUCAGUAAAAUACAAAUUAUCUAAUGUGACAACUGGGCAACUUCUGUCUGCUGAGGAAUAUUGUGUGUUACGAUCAGAAGACCAGUAUACACUAGGCAUAGCACAUAUACCUAUUUAAGUCCACAUUAAGCCAAGCAAUUACAUUUAGAACCUUUUAGAGUUUUACAUCAGAUUAUGUUGCUCUCUAGAAAUAAAGAUUUUUUACAGCACUACAGUGCAGCAGCUGGACAGUGACUGCUGGUUAAUAUAAUAUUUAUGAGCAGCAAUUAAAUCACAAUGCUAUACUUGCUCUGUUGUCUGACAACAGAAAAAAUAAAAUAUUUAAAUUAGACCAACUGCGUUGUGAAUUUAGCUUUCCAUAAUUCCAUUCUCUAUUUUCAUUUGUUUUAAAUGUUGAUAUAGAUGAUGACACUGCUCAGCUGUUCUCAUUAAUUUGAAUUUAUGUAUAUUUCAUGAGAUGAUGUCACAACCAUAAAACAAUGAUUUGGUGGUCAGCCAGGCUGUCUGUCUUCACCAGAUGCUGGAAUGGCAAAAAUGGCAUUAAAAAUUGCUUGUUUUAGUGUAGACAUGUGGCAGUACUUUGAGGACAGCAGUGUAUUCAUAUUGGACCGAGAAGACAGUUGAUUUAAAGAGGAACAAAGCAGGCCAUCUUUGCCAAACUGGAACAAUCAUCACUCAACAGAGGAGAAUACCUAUCACACCAAUAAUUAGCCACUUGCUUAUAGUGCAGUCCUGAAAUCCCUCCCAAGGCAGUCACUCUAAAGACUCAAACAUGACUGCCACGUGGUCUAAAGAUCCACAUGUGGUCUUAUCAACUUGCAAUGUGUGAAAGAUUUUACAGAGGUAAAAGGUGUUGGCACGCUUCAAAUGAAAUGCUUGUUGGAUUACUUACUACUCUCCCAGAAUACCUUUCUGACAUUGGAACUGGGUGCCUGGGUCCUACAGAGACGUUUAAAAGUGACAGUCCAACAACGUUCAUGCAGUGAUUGGCCAAGUGUGCCAAGAUGUGAAAGUAUGCAGAAUUUGUAAUUAUCUUUCCAGCUCUCUUUUUCCCAUUUUUCACCAUUUAAUUUCAUAUGUACAAAUCAGUGCACCCCUUUGAAUGAUGGUCAUGUCUUGCCCCUCUCUAUGAUAGUAUUUCACCUUUCUUUAUGUGACCGUUCAUAACACCUAUAAAUACUGUUUCCUUUAGAUGUUGUCAGACAACACUUGGUAUGAACCAGCUCAUUUCAACCUUGCCCUGGUCUUAAUGAUCCACCCUACAGAAGUUAGAUGCCUCAGACUACCCACCAGUCAGUCAGAAUAGUAUAAUCCUUUUGCAUUAGAGGCAAAAUGUCUGGCGAAAUGUACAAUAAUUCCACUUUGACUUGGUAAGAGCAUAUGAAUGACACCUUGAGAUUGCUCAAGGAAGACAGAGGUAGAGAAGCCAAGCGGGUUCUCAGACUAAAUAUAGUCCUGAGUCAAAACGAUGCAAGGUAAUGUUCGGUGGAAACAUUAAACAAGACCUAGAAGCUGGUCCAAGUAGCAGAUCUGACUUUGAAGGUUUCUCACACCCCAAAACUUAUAUUUGCAUAAAUUAUUUUAAUUUGUGUCACAACGAUUGUGUUUUUAAAGAGCAGAAAUAUGGCAUUCAAAUUAGUACAAAGUAAUCUACCAGGAAUAUGCACGUGAAUGUUUGAUUUGCCUUCCUGGGUGAUGUCGCUUUGUGGUCUGGCAAAAGUUGUGUCAGGUUCAUCUUUUUUGCUGGAAUACCCUGAGUUGUUUUGCCAGAUCCCUGUGCAUUGCCAGACUGGCCUAAUUUAAAUUAUGGAACAAAACUAAACAGUUAUCAGUCAGUUGUUGGUUUGACCCUCAAAAGCACAGAACCUCUAAAGCACUCCAGCACCUGGUUGCAGACUGAUUGGAAGAGUCAUAUGUGCUCAUUUAUGUUUGUGUGAGAGUAAAGAGACAAAUUCCAGUGAAAGUCAAAUGACAAUUUCAAGUUUUUCUGUCUCUGAAGUAAAUGAAGCCAAUGGAAGCCGUAUGUUGAGACCAUCCAACUCUCUGUUCACCUGUCAGUGAAAGCCAGCAAAAGUGAAGGCAACAAGGAGAGAAAUUCAGGGCAAAUCUGCAGGGACUUCAGAGUGAUGUAUAGCUGUGGAUGUUACACUUCCAACCUCCCCUUCCCUUCCUUCAGUGGCAGAAGUAUUACUCAGUGUUUAGUUGUGGUAAAUUAAGCUAUUUUAAAUACUGUAAUGAAAAAGAAAUAAUAUAUGUAUUUUAACAGAUGUUUUCAUCUUUCUCAGUCAGUUAAAAAACAAUAGAGCACUGUAUUUAAAAUAAAGUAAAGAAAAAAACAUGCCGAUGAUGUCUAAAUGUUUUAUAAAAGAUAGGUUUAGAUUUUGUAUGAGAUGUGAUAUUUUGUGUGAUUGGUCUACACUGUUAUAAAAUGAGAAAUUGAAUGUACUGUGACUACCAACAGGCAUAAAAUUGAUCGAAUAAUUGAUUAAUUGAUGAAUAAAUAAAUAAUAAACAUA